AUGGCGGCGCGUUGCAACACGCCUAGUGUCAACCUCCUAUCCCUCCUCCUCCUCCUCUCCAGCGCCCUGUUCGUUGCCGCCGACGACAACUCCGUCAAGGACGCCUGCUCCAAGGCGCCGGACCAGCAGUUCUGCGUGGCCUUCCUGUCGGGCAUCCCGGGGAGCAGGACGGUGGACGCGCGCGGGCUGGCGGAGCUGGGCAUCCGCGCCGCCGCCAAGAUCGGCGCCGCAGAGGGCACCGCCGCGCGCACACAGCUGAACCUGGUCACCAUCAAAGGCCCGCAGUGGCAGUGCAUGGACUCGUGCGUCGCCGACGUGGAGGAGGCCGUCUCCCACCUCGACGUCGACAGGGGCAAGGGCGGCGUCACCGCCAUCGACGACGCCAAGUUCAACGACGCGCGCGACUACGUGGAGAGCGCCGAGAAGGACGGGCUGACGUGGAACUGCGACCAGUGCCGGGAUGGCCUCACGGCGCCCGUCAAGACCGGGCUGCUACCGAAAGGCAACGAGUUCGAGAAGGUCAUGGGGGCCGUCACGGCCCUCAUCAAGCGGGCCGGCGGGAGCGCCGCGCCGGCGCCGGCGCCCGGCCCGUCCUGA